AAAACCCCUAAUUCUAAAUCCAAUCAAUUUAAUCCCUAAAACUUUAAAAUAAAGUACUCUAAUUUCUAAUCUACUCACUAAAGUAUAUGAGGUGUUACACCAUAUCCACCUUCAAGGCAUCAAUGGGUACUAUACUUUGGGUCCAUGUCUUAAAGGAAGGUGGGCAAGGAGCCGAGGAUGUGAUUACAAAUGGCAAUAGCCAAAGUGGGGAAAAACAACACAAGCUCAAGGUAACAACACCUCUAUAUAUUUUUAAAAGAAACAUUAAAUAUGUUUGAACAUGUAUAUAUGAGUGUAAACCUAAUAUAUCUAAACCAAUGUUUUACCAAGUGUCCAAUUUUUUUAUUUUUUCCUCUUUCUUUAAUUUUAGAAAUUUUCAAAGCACUUGAAUCAAGAGAUAAUGCGUUAGAAUAUCUUUAGAAAGUGCAUCAAAAGUGUGUUUUAUUGCAAAUGAAUUUGGUUUGAUACUUGCUCCAAUGUCUUUACUUUACUUUGUUAACUAUUACUUUAUGAAGAAAAAUUAUAUUUUUAA